AUGUCUGUCACGUGGAGGUUCAGUUUCCGGGUAUAUGCCAGUACACUUCCGCUAAACUUCCUCUACUUUAUUUUUCUUUGACAGUCAGUUAACUGCUAAAAAUACAUGAAAUAAACCACGGUUAACUAUCAGGUUAUGUGUAGUCGGUUUAUCUGGAAUGAGAUGUCGCUUGUUUAUUGCGUCAGCUUUUCUUUCUCGUACUGUUAUCGAGCAAAGCAGCUAGCCGCUAGCCACAGCUGCUGUGUUUGAAUCUUCACUGAAAGUCAAGAUUAUGUUUCUCUCUGUGCUUUUGUUAUGCUUUUACUUGUUUUGAGUAACCUGUGCAGCAUGGACUCGGAGGGAAUAGUUAUUCGGAUAAAGACACCGGCGGGGGACAUGGACUCCUCGGUGGAAUAUCCAUCACAUCUCAACUUUAAUGAUUUUCUGCUCGGGAUCAGGGAGGCCAUGCCUGAAACUACAGUAACAGCUUUUGAAUAUGAGGAUGAAGUUGGGGACCGAAUCACAGUUCGGAGUGAUGAGGAGCUCAAAGCCAUGCUGUCAUAUUACUGCAACACUGUGAUGGAGCAACGCAUCAAUGGACUGUUACCCGAGCCUUUACAGAUUUUUCCACGAGCCGGUAAGACCCCAGGGAUCCGGAACAUACAUGGCCUGAAGGUGAACACACGGCCCGAAUCCUCAAGUGGCAGGGGCUCUUCUGCGGCUGAUUCCCUGUCCAAUGAUAGUUUAAAGAAGUCAUCAGCUGAGCUUAAGAAGAUUUUGACAAACGGACAGAUAAAUGAACAUGACCUCCAGUACCAGGAGCAGCUUGGACAUGGAAAUGGAGGAACAGUUUACAAAGCAUACCACCAGCUUGGUAAAAGAGUUCUAGCAGUAAAGGUUAUUCCUCUGGACAUCACAGUAGAGCUUCAAAAGCAGAUCAUGUCGGAACUUGAGAUCCUUUAUAAGUGUGACUCUCCGUACAUCAUAAAGUUUUACAGUGCAUUCUUUGUGGAGAACAGAAUAUCUAUAUGCACUGAGUUUAUGGAUGGUGGCUCUCUGGAUGUUUACUGGAAAAUCCCAGAGCAUGUGUUGGGGAGGAUUAUUGUAGCAGUGGUGAAAGGAUUAACUUACCUGUGGAGCCUGAAGAUUUUACACAGAGAUGUGAAACCCUCCAACAUGCUGGUCAACACACGAGGUCAGGUCAAAUUGUGUGACUUCGGAGUCAGCACACAGUUGGUGAACUCCAUCGCUAAAACAUAUGUCGGAACCAAUGCAUACAUGGCGCCAGAGCGGAUAUCAGGGGAACAGUAUGGUAUUCACUCAGAUGUAUGGAGUGUAGGAAUCUCUUUCAUGGAGCUGGCACUGGGCUCUUUUCCAUAUCCACAGAUUCAAAAGAGCCAGGGCUCCUUAAUGCCUCUUCAGUUAUUGCAGUGCGUUGUUGAUGAGGAUCCUCCUGUGCUUCCUGUUGGUCAGUUCAGUGAGAAAUUUGUUGACUUUAUUACACAAUGGUCAUGCCCCAAGAAACCUGAAUUCCCAACCAACCUCUUAUGGUUUCUCUGGCACUCUGGGCCUGUGGCCAUGUAUGAGGAAGCAACCCAAAGAAAGACCUGCGCCGAACAACCUUAUGGACCAUUCAUUUAUUAUGCAAUACAAUGAUGGCAACACAGAAGUUGUGUCCAUGUGGGUGUGCCGCAGCCUAGAGGAACGCAAAGCCCAGCAGGCACAAAGGCUGAUGUGAAGAACACCGGCACAUGAUGAAGAUAAGGGAGAAGGGUUCGAAAUAUCCUCUCACUGAACCUAAAGAAGCAGCAGCUGAGCUUGCAGAACCUCACAUAGAGCACCACAUCCCAACCUUUAGCUGCAGCGAUGCACAGUGUGAGAACUGCUAAGAGUCUAAUGCAGAUUUUGCUGGCAGUAGCAGUGUGACUUGGACCGAGAAUAUUGGAUUGCUUAAACCCAAAUCUUUAACUUUUUGUUCGUCUACAAUGGAUUUCUUUUCACUUCUUCAAAGUAAAUGUUUUAGCAGAAGAUCCCUCACAGGGGGUGCUUGCACAACUCAAAUUUAAUUCCCACGGAUUAGAAUUUGAGUAUAAAUAAUGAGAAACUGUCUCUGUACUUAAAGCAACAAUCUGGUGUUGCCAAAACAUUACGGCUGCAUCAUAAAUCAGCUUGCGUUCGGGUAAACGGUUCCGGUUUUAAAAAAUGUGUGAGUGUGUCGAACAUUGCUCUCCUCUGUCGUGCGUGUCAUGCGGCUAUUGGUUUUAAAGCUGCUUUUUUGGGUUUCACAAAUGGUCUGCCGUUAUUGGCAGUACCCAAUUGAAGUUAGAAAAAUGUAAUGAUGUUUUAUUAUAGUUGAAGGCAGUGGAUAGCAGUUUGGGCAGAGGAAUGGUGCGUAGAGAACUUCCAGCGGUAGCAGCAGCAGCCUGUAAGACUGUGUAGGAGCCCAAUACGGUAUAUGUGGAACGUCACGUGACCAAACUGGAAAACUGGGUCGAUCGCUUCCGGUUGCGGUAUGUACAAUCGUAGCUUGUUAUUGUCAUUCAUAGUAUUAUUAUUUGUGUUAUGUUCUUUUUUUAUUGUAAUAUCUGAAUGUAUGCGAGAAAAAAAAAUGCCUUUGUUAAAAGCUAAAAAAAAGUUAGUCAAUUUUUGGAGUGCACCGAUAUAUCAGCCAAUGAUUCUUGCUAUGCUUCUCAAUGAAUUACGGUGAAGUGCCGCUACAUCCAAAGGCCAGAGGGCGCUCUUGUGCAGAAACUUAAUAUGCGCUGUAGACGAAGAACCAUUACACACGCAGCUAUGACACGCAGCUCCAGGAAAUGGCUUAAGGAUAUAUUUAUAUUGCUGUUCUUCAAACCUUUUCAGGUAUUUUCAUGAUAAUAAAGAAUAUGUAUAAUGAUUAUGUUUAAUAAGAGUUGCUAUUUUAAUUGCAUGUUAUAAACAAUUCAAACUAACAGUGAUUUCAGAUCGAUAAGGACUUACUGAUCAAAAGCCGUAGUACAUGAAAUAGCUGUGAAUAAUAUCGGCUGUGCGAUUCAGAAUAGUUAUCGGCCACGUAUUAUUAGUGUAUAUCGGCAUUUAUCGGUGCACCCCUAGUAAAUUUUCUUCUACUUCGGUUGAAGAUGUUAAUGAGCAUAUCCACUGAACAUCUGUUAUUCUCAUCUUUGGUAGCUCCUAAAGGCUUUAUGUAUGAAAACAGCUUCAUGUCAGCGUAGAGCAUACAGAACCGGAAGCGAUCUACUAUGUUUAACAGGAAUGCGGAAGUAAGUUGCGCAUAUACCCUAUUGGUUUUGUUCUGGCCUUGCCCCUGUAUUGGCCCGCUUGAUUCUGAAGGUUUCUGGAAAAUGAUCAUCUUGUAGGAUGCAUUGAUUUAAUUUACUUCACUUAUAACCUGUGUUAGGCACAUUUUGGAGAAUCAGAUGAGUACAGUAUUGGAAGUCAUUCAUUUCUAGUAAACCAUUAUGUUGUACUUUACUUAAAUCCGGCCUCAUAUAAAGAUCUGAAAUUACCUUCAGAUUGGGUUUCAACAGCUAUGUGAACUGCGGAUGUACAUGUACAUUUUCCUGGUAGACAACAAUAGCACUGUGAUAACAUUUUUUAACCCAGAUACUGUGGUUUUAGCUCACUGUGACCUAACACAGCACUGGUUUAGGUAAAAUAUUUUAUUUUAGUGAGGAAAGUCUCAUCCAUGCGUUGUAACAUAGUUUGAAUAUGACUUGUGCUCACCUACUAUUAUACCACUUUUUUCAUGCACUGCAGGAAAGAGCAUCAUCAUGCUUCAACUUUUACACUGACAGCUGUUAGGCAAAUAAACAUAAGCCACACAUCUGCCUUCCCUGAUACUGUAUAGGAGUCAUUUUUAUGUUUGUUAAGUGUUACUUUAUGGAUUGGGUUUUGAUGAAAGUGACAGAUAUUAAAUGUUGUUCUUUAGUGCCUGUAUCUUUAAGAAAAAUGGAAGAAAUAUUCUAUUAAAUAUAAAUAUGUCAAAACAAAGGUCAUUUUAUAGAGCCAAUGUGUAUAGUCCUAAAUGACAUUUAUACUCUCAUUUUUUUUAAGUGUAAUCCAAAGCCAAAAUAUAUGAUCUUGUGUUUUAUAGUUUUACUUGUAUGACUUCUUGAAGAGUUUUCUUUGUAUCUUAUUUUGAAUAUAGCUGUCUCAUAUUGAAUUUUUAAAAAUUAAAAUCUGGCCAACUUUCAAAGUAAAUUUCAGAUCUAUCAGAAACUGAACAACUAUGUGACUACCUCAUACAUUUGAGGUAAGGUCUGAACAUCCAGGUGAUUUAAUGAAUAAACAUUUAAAAUAGCA